AUGACACCACGACCAUCCUUCGACUCUCUUCCACUCCGUAAAGACGGCCCCCGUGGCAAUGCCUGGGGCUUAUACGGUUCCUCGGACGAGCUUGGGACUAUCCACCUCCUAACACCAGAGAGGGUCGCACGAGCAGCUCGCGAAGAAAUCAUCGACGGCGGCCGCGUAUCCGUCGACCUCGAACUAGGCCACCUGACACCCCCUUGUUUCGGCAGGGCGCCUCUUAAGCACCGUGUCUGGCAGAAGAAGCCGCGGGUGGUGCAUGACGACGAGCUGGCUCUCAACACGCAGAGCAGUUCACAGUGGGACGGGUUCCGGCAUUUCGGAUAUCAGGACUCUGGUCUUUUCUACAAUGGGCGCACCGUCGAGGAUAUUGCUAGCAGCAAUGUUCUGGGCAUCCACGCCUGGGUAGACAGAGGUGGUAUCGUAGGUCGUGGCGUUCUUCUCGACUACGCCGCCUGGGCAGGCAUCAAGGGUCUUACACCCGCCAUCUUCGACCCGACCAGUAUUCCUGUAUCCGCAUUGAAAGAAGUAGCUUCUCACCAAGGCACCUCUUUCCGUGAGGGGGAUAUACUGUUUGUGCGCUCAGGGUACGUGCGUGGAUACAACUCUGCUUCACCAGGCGACCGCCAAGCCCUUGCUGAGAAGGAUACGCCGCCUGCUAUCGGUGUGGAAUCAUCCGAGACGACGCUGCGCUGGUUGUGGGAUAAUGAAUUUGCGGCCAUUGUGGGCGACCAUCCAAGUAUGGAGGCUUGGCCGUGCCAAGAUAAGCAUUUUAUGCUGCACGAAUGGCUGCUUUCGGGCUGGGGGAUGCCGAUUGGUGAAUUAUUUGAUCUGGAGAAGCUGAGUGAGGAGUGUGCCAAGAGAAAACGCUGGACGUUCUUCUUUAGCAGUAUGCCUCUCAGGGUACCCGGUGGUGUUGCGAGUCCUCCAUGUGGAGUGGCAAUGUUUUGA